CCGCCCAUGGCCCCGCGAGGCGCUCCGCGGCCAUGAAGCCGCUGGAGAAGUUGCUGAAGAAGCCCGGCGCGCACCUGCCCGCACCGCUGCCCGCACCGCGCCGCCACAGCGCGGCCCCCCCGGAGGAGCCCCCGGGGCCGGCGGGGGGCGAAGGGCGACGGUUGGAGCUGCGUCCCGCCGAGGUCCCCCCCCCGCCGCCGCCGCCGCGGUCCCCGUCGGCGCUGUCCCCGUCGGAGCUGUCCCCGGGGGGGGACCGCGCCGCGCUCAGCCCGGAGCCGCCGCCGCCGCCCCCCCCGCGCUGCUGCUGCCGCUGCCCCCCCGCCGCGCCCGCGCCCCCCGAGCGCCUCCUGAGCGCCGUCCUCGAACGGCUGCCGGCGGGGGGGGGGCACGGCCGGGGCUGCCGAGCAGAUUCGCUGCUGGAUGACAUCGUGCUCACGCAUUCGCUGUUCCUGCCCACCGAGCUCUUCCUGCAGCAGCUGCACCAGCACUUCGUGCUGGCGGGCGAUGGGCCGCCCCAGCGCUGGGAGGACGGGUCCGGGCUGCGGCGCAAGCGAGCGGUGCUGGCGGUGCUGCUGCACUUCCUCGAGACCUACAAGGGGCUGCUGCAGGAGGAGGAGAGCGCGGGGAAGGUCAUCAAGGAGCUGUACCUGCUCAUCAUGAAGGACGCAUCUCUGUACCAUGAGCUGGAGGAUGAGAUCUUGAAACUGCACCAAUUGGUGGAGACGGUGGAGCUGAAGGUCCCCGACGAGACCCCGCCCCCGAGCAAACAGGUGAAGCCGCUGUUCCGCCACUUCCGCCGCAUCGAUGCCUGCCUGCAGACGCGCGUGGCUUUCCGUGGCUCCGACGAGAUCUUCUGCCGUGUCUACAUGCCGGACCACUCGUACGUCACCAUCCGCAGCCGCCUCUCGGCCUCAGUGCAGGACAUCCUCACCUCCGUCACCGAGAAGCUGCAGUACUCAGAGGAGCAGAGCGCCCGCGAUGAUGCGCUCAUCCUCGUCACCGUGGCCUCGUCUGGAGAGAAAGCCGUGCUGCAGCCCAGCGAGGAGUGCGUCUUCACCACGCUGGGCAUCAACAGCCACCUCUUCGCCUGCACCCGCGAUACCUUUGAGUCGCUGGUGCCGCUCCCAGAGGAGAUCCAGGUGGUGCCAGGGGACAGCGAGAUUCACCGCGUGGAGCCCGAGGACAUCGCCAACCACCUCACCGCCUUCCACUGGGAGCUUUUCCGCUGCAUCCACGAGCUGGAGUUUGUGGAUUACGUCUUCCAUGGGGAGCGCGGGCGGCGCGAGACGGCCAACCUGGAGCUGCUGCUGCAGCGGUGCAGUGAGGUGCAGCACUGGGUGGGCACGGAGCUGCUGCUCUGCGAGUCGCUGGGUCGACGCUCGCAUCUGCUCAAGAAACUCAUCAAGAUCGCUGCCAUAUGUAAGCAGAACCAGGACAUGCUCUCUUUCUACGCCAUCGUCAUCGGGCUCAACAACGCCGCCAUCAGCCGCCUUCGGCUCACCUGGGAGAAGCUCCCAGGGAAAUUCAAGAAUUUGUUUCGGAAAUUUGAGAACCUGACGGACCCCUGCAGGAACCACAAGACCUACCGGGAGGUGCUGGCCAAGAUGAAGCCCCCCCUCAUCCCCUUCAUUCCGCUCAUCCUCAAAGAUCUGACCUUUCUGCACGAAGGCAGCAAAACCCUCCUGGAUGGGCUGGUCAACGUGGAGAAGCUGCACUGCAUUGCCGAGAAGGUGAGGACCAUCCGCAAGUACCGGAGCCGCCCGCUGUGCCUGGAGCUGGAGCCGUCCCCCAGCCAGCUGCAGACCAAGGCCUACGUGCGGCAGCUGCAGGUGAUCGACAACCAGAACCUGCUCUUCGAGCUGUCCUACAAGCUGGAGCCCGGCGGGCAGUGAGCGGCGCCCGCCCGCACUCUGCACUUUGCCCGGGGGACCCUGGGGCCUCCCCACCCCCCGCGGGCCCCCUCUAUUUUUGUAUGUGUCCCCAUGGCCCCAUCCCCGCUUCCGCCUGGGCCCUGGGCCCCAGAAUGUGUAUAUUUUGUACCAAAUGCGUCUUUAAUUGUAAAUUUAUUUUUUAAGAAAAAGGAGGAAAAAAGGAUUAAAAAAAAAAAAGAAAAAAAGAGC